CAGGUCUGAAAUAAGCACUCACUAUGUCUGAUGGGGACUAUGAUUACCUCAUCAAAUUCCUAGCCCUUGGUGAUUCUGGAGUGGGGAAAACCAGCUUUCUCUACCAGUACACAGACAAAAAGUUUAACUCUAAAUUCAUCACUACAGUGGGCAUCGAUUUCAGAGAAAAACGAGUGGUAAGUUGAUUGCCCUAGUCAUACAAUUUGUCAUUAAAAACAUUUGCGUGUGUCUGAUCAUUAAUUUAAUUAUUCACAUACAGGUGCUCCCCUGCCACCCAUAAUGACCAAUUAGUAUGCUGCUUGGUUGAAAGAGUUAACAUUUGAAAUGGCCAAUUAUUCCAUUCCAUGUGAAAUGUUUUGUAGUGCAGGUUUACUAUUAACCAUGGAAAGUAAGUAGCAGCUUCAAAACAUUACUCCUCAUAGUGCAAAAGAUAGAGCGGUAUAUAUAUUUUUUUUGGGGGGGGCGGGUCUGAAACAUAUGAACCUGCAGAUGUAGUAUUAUGUGUGGGUGUUGCAGGAAUCUGAGGAACUCCCAGACCAGGAAAGGAUGACUAAUAUCACUUUAGUUCAGCAGCACCCUCCUAGAAAAUAAACACUUCACACCACAUAACCAAACACCAGGGUAAUUUAGGCAUAAUCACUCAUGCCGUGUAUAUUGUAGAGAUUAUCAGGGCAAACAUUUUUCCAUCUAAAUGUUUAGGUUCUCUUUGGGUUGCAAGAUAGUAUAUGUAGGAUGACUAAUGGGAAAAUAUAUUUUUAGGGCCUCAUAGCCAGAUGACCUCCCACUGCUUUAUAUGGGUAUAAUAACUCUCUCUCUGUCUGACAGGUAUACAAAUCAAAUGGUCCAGACGGGGCAGCAGGCAGAGGACAGAGGAUUCAUGUUCAGCUGUGGGACACGGCAGGACAGGAGAGGUAAGCCAAUUCAAAAACUCAUCUCCCACUGACACUCUUGCUCAAGCCCUCACUGGCUCUCAGGUAUUUGUUGGCAGCUUUCAAAUGCUUACUUUCUCCAAGCUGAAUGAAGCUCUUUACAAGGUGUUUUUUCUUGUGUGGUGUCAGGUUUCGGAGUUUGACAACAGCUUUCUUCCGAGAUGCGAUGGGCUUCCUCCUCCUGUUUGACCUCACCAAUGAGCAGAGUUUCCUCAAUGUCAGAAAUUGGAUGAGUAAGUCCUCUGUGGUUGUCAGAAUCUACAUGUACAAUCUCUUGAGUCUCCUAUUGACUUCUAAAGGUGUGUGCAGUGUCUUAACCACUAUCUUUAAAUCGCAACUGGUGGGCUGAUGACUGGCUUAUUCUCUUUUUCAGGCCAAUUACAGAUGCAUGCUUACUGCGAGAAUCCAGACAUUGUACUCUGUGGCAACAAGUGUGACCUGCAGGAGCAGAGGGCAGUCCGUGAAGAUGAGGCCCGUGAGCUGGCAGAGAAGUAUGGGUAUGUGUCCCUUGCCUGUGCCUAACCCUCGCUGAAACAUUUGCCAAGAAGGCAGUGGCUGAUGUGUGUUUACACAAGACUGUGCAGGGCAAUCUCGAACGAUACUAAAUGUUAGGCUAGGUUGGUCCUUCUGGAAAGGCAAAUAUUUACACACCCAUGUAAAGUAUCCUGCUUGUGACCUGAAGAUACACAUUUAGUGAAUACAAAGGGAUUAUAUAUGGACCUCCUAUGUUUUGCUAAAACUAACAAAUGCACCAUAUUUGGGGUCAAAAGCCAUGUUGUAAGAGACUAUGGCCUUUAUUUUAACAAACCUAACAUGCUGACUAGACCUGGCAUACACGAGUGGCAUCGCACGCAUGUUGAUUUUGUCCAUCCACACCAGACAAGAUCAGGACACGCAUGUUGAAAUAUCAAAACGAACUCUGAACCAACUAUAUUAAUUUGGGGACUGGUCAAAACACAUGAAACAUUCAUGGACAUUUAGCUAGGUAGCUUGCUGUUGCUAGCUAAUUUGCCCUGGGAUAUAAACAUUGCACAAUGCAUAAGGUCCUUUUUUGUAGAUCUUUGUAGAAUUUUGACCCAUUUUGAGUCACACAAAAUCGUGUGUUUACUCCAACAAUUAAUCCACAGAUAAAAGGGGAAACCUAGUUAGUUUCUAGUAAUCUUAUAUGGGGUUUGGCAACCAACUUUGACUGGAGUUCAUCUUUCAAUCACCCACGUGGGAAUAAGCACCUAAAAAAACAAUGAGGAGAUGGGAGAGGCGGGAUUUGCAGCGCCUCAAGCAUCAAAAUAGAACCAAAUUCUAUUUUAGCACCUGGGUAUGCAGGCGCUCAUUGACGCACGCAACGCGGGCAGUGUGGUCAGCAUGUAAUGCAAUGGUAAAUGUAAGCGCUGGCGAUAGCUCUAUACUGUAAGGUUGAGGGGUGUGUCAGAAAUAUUUUUGCUAUUUUCACAGCUUAUUAUGAGUGCAAUAGCUGGCGGUGGCAGGAAAUGGCUGGGUUUUGAUGAAUAAACAAGUUGUAGGUGUGAGGAUAACUUGGCCACUCACUGGCCAAUCAAGACUGCAUUUGUUUCUCAAUUCUGUAGGUUAUUGAAGGUCUUUGCAUUGUCAUCAACUCAACUCAUCAAUUCGGCUGGUGGCACGGAAUAUUCUGUCCUAGGCCAUUGUAGAUUAAUACUACAGUUUAUUCAAUAGCAUAAAUAGCAACAGGAGAAAAAAAAACAUCCAGUGUUUGCUCAAUAUGUUUGGCGUGUUAAGUCAACAUUGUUAUAAUUGGCUUCAAUGAGUAUAGGCCUUUAGGUAUCGCACUUAUAAAAUAAAAAAUACAAGGCUCCCUUAAAUUGUAUUGUUUGUGUGAGGCACAUUCUCAAUAAGCAAAAUAUAGCCUAGGCCUACCGUUGAUCCUGCAUUAUAGGACAGAAACAUUUUAAUAAGUUUGAAGGAGCGUGUCUUUGGUAACUGGAAAAGAGGCGCUCUUUGGAAAUUGGGAUGGAUACAAGUCGAAUGGAGCAUGCACUGCAGGUAGGCCUAUCUGAAUUGUGAAUAAUGAAUGCAAAAGCCUCAUUAGUAGACCAUUUAGAAACGUUUUAUGUAUAGGCGACUUGGCGAAUGCAUGGCCAGGAUAAGAAAGACUUCAUCAGAUGUAUUGCUGUUGAACCAGCUUUCGUUAUAGUAGGGUAAGGGUAGCUUGUUUUUUAAUCAAACGAAAGGGAAAACAAGCAAUUGUUACACGGAAAUAAUUUAAAUGUUUCUAAAUACGAGUGUCAACGGAUUAUCUAAUCUCUCGUUCCAUGAUGGGCAUAUAGCCUACAUCCAAAAUAAUAACCGGAGCUGGCUAAAAUAAUAUAAUAGGCAAACACUUUAUCGAUAGUCUUGACUACUUGGCGAAUGAAUUGGCAGGACAAAAAAAAGACUUAAUUGAGAGGACGGGAGGCUAUGCUUGGGUUUUAAUUAAACGAAAUUGGGGGGGAAACACCGUUUUUUAUGUUUCUAAAUACGAGGUUCAUGGGCACAAAAAGCAUUAUCUCUUAUUCCAUGUUCGUAUGGGUACUGUGCGUCUCGGCUGGAUAGGCUGGCUUCCGUUGUCAAAAUCCAUGCCAUAACGACCAGCUUUCGGUUGGUCUUAAAAAUCCCCACCUUAAUUCGGGAGAACGGGCUCGUGGUAAUGACUGGAGCAGAAUUGGUGGAAUGGUAUCACACACGCGGGCUCCAGGUGUUUGAUGCUGUUCCAUUUGCUCCGUUCCGGCCAUUAUUAUGAGCCGUUCUGCUUAAGGCCAGCCGAAAAUGGAGCCCCCAGUGCCUAGUAAAGUUAUGAUCAUGUUGUGUCAAAAACUUUUAUGAUGAGCUGAAUGGUUAUCUUGUGCCAUGACAAUAUCUAAGUGACAACAAAGUUUUAGGAGAGGUAAUCUGAUUUACAUGGCCUAGUCAUAGUGUUAUUGCCGAAUAUCAUACAGGUAGCCAGCCAUCAAUCUCCUUACUAAACAGAGGAGUCUGAAGUCUCUCUUCCAGACAGUUUUGUUUAAAUCAAAUCAAAUUGUAUUUGUCACAUACACGUGUUUAGCAGAUGUUAUAGCGGGUGUAGCGAAAUGCUUGUGCUUCUAGCUCCGACAGUGCAGUAAUAUCUAACAAGUAAUAUCUAACAAUUUCACACAUAUACCCAAUACACACAAAACUAGUAAGGAAUGGAAUUUAAGAAUAUAUACAUAUAUGAACAAGCAAUGACAGAACGGCAUGGACUAAAAUACAGUAGAAUAUUAUAGAAUAGAAUGCAGUAUAUACAUAUGAGAUGAGUAGUGCAAGAUAUGUAAACAUUAUUAAAGUGACUAGUGUUCCAUUUCUUAAAGUGGCCAGUGAUUUCAAUAGGCAGCAGCAGCCUCUAAUGUGCUAGUGAUGGCUAUUUAACAGUCUGAUGGCCUUGAGAUAGAAGCUGUUUUUAAUUCUCUCUGUCCCAGCUUUGAUGCACCUGUACUGACCUCGCCUUCUGGAUGAUAGCGGGGUGAACAGGCAGUGGCUCGGGUGGUUGAUGUCCUUGAUGAUGUUGUUGGCCUUCCUGUGACAUCGGGUGCUGUAUGUGUCUUGGAGGGCGGGUAGUUUGCCCCCGGUAAUGUGUUCGGCAGACCGCACCACCCUCUGGAGAGCCCUGCGGUUGCGGGCGGUGCAGUUGCCAUACCAGGCGGUGAUACAGCCCGACAGGAUGCUCUCAAUUGUGCAUCUGUAAAAGUUUGUGAGGGUUUUAGGUGCCAAGCCGAAUUUCUUCAGCCUCCUGAGGUUGAAGAGGCUCUGUUGCGCCGCCUUCACCAUACUGUCUGCGUGGGUGGACCAUUUCAGUUUGUCGGUGAUGUGUACGCCAAGGAACUUGAAGCUUUCCACCUUCUCCACUGCGGUCCCGUCGAUGUGGAUACGGGGGUGCACCCUCUGCUGUUUCCUGAAGUCCACGAUCAUCUCCUUUGUUUUGUUGACAUUGAGUGAGAGGUUAUUUUCCUGGCACCACACUCCCAGAGCCCUCACCUCCUCCCUGUAGGCGGUCUCGCCAUUGUUGGUAAUCAAGCCUAAUACUGUUGUGUCGUCUGCAAACUUGAUGAUUGAGUUGGAGGUGUGCUUGGCCAUGUCAUGGGUGAACAGGGUGUACAGGAGGGGGCUGAGCACGCACCCUUGUGGGGCCUCAGUGUUGAGGAUCAGCGAAGUGGAGAUGUUGUUUCCUACCUUCACCACCUGGGGGCGGCCCGUCAGGAAGUCCAGGACCCAGUUGCACAGGGCGGGGUUCAGACCCAGGGCCUCGAGCUUAAUGAUGAGCUUGGAGGGUACUAUGGUGUUGAAUGCUGAGCUAUAGUUAAUUAACAGCAUUCUUACCCUGGAAAGGUCACACAUCAUAUUGAGUUGUCAUGGUUGACUAGAUAUGACUCAUAUGUCAGAUUUGGUUACAGUGUUCAUAUUUUUUUUAACGUUAUUUGAACCCAUGGCUCCACCAGUCUGAAAGCCAUUGUGGUUUUUAGAGAGCCAUGCUCCUCUACUAUUUUAAAGAUUUAUCUUCCACUGCUGUAGCACUAAUGCAUGUUUCAUGACGAAAAACAAAGGACACCCAAACAGUUUUGUUUUUUCAACCUUGAUUUCUUUUCAACUGCUGAGAACUAUAUUCUGUCUUAAAGUAAAGCUUUCAAUUAGAUCCAAACAUAUUCAGGUUGUAGGUAGAUAGUAUGCCUCAUUAAGAUAAAUAUCAGUCAAUGUUGACCUUAUAAUGUGUUGCUCUCCUUCCCGUGCAGAAUCCCUUACUUUGAAACAAGUGCAGCUAACGGGCAGUUUGUUAGCCAGGCUGUGGAUGUCCUGCUGGACCUCAUCAUGAAGAGGAUGGAGCGCUGCGUGGACAAGUCCUGGAUCCCUGACGGAACCGUGCGAUCUAACGGACACAGUGGUCACACAGACAUCACAGAGCCCAAGACCCAGGAGAAGGGCAAAUGUGCUUGUUAG